UAGUGACAGCAGUGAGAAGAAAAUCAAAGCGGACGCGAACGUUCCUGAAAAACGCGUUUAAUUCGUUACUAACAACUAAGGGUUACUUCAUAAAAGUACGUUUAGUUUCUAGUCUAUUUACUAUUUAAGUUGUUGUAUUAUUUAUUUAUUUUAAAGCACCACUGUUGCGUUGUUAGAGGACGGCCGACAAUGCUAACGAAGAAGCUAAAGAGUUAGCUGUCAGUUAGCCGCGGUGCUAACGAAGAGCUAGUGUUUAAAAUAAUAAUAAAAGUGUCGCUGUCGUGGUGUUAAAAUGGCGCGGAGCUUGUUCCGGAGCGGGUGUGUGGUCCGGGUCGUUCACACGCUGCUGACCUGGGUCAUCACCCUCAUCCUGUUCCUACACGACACCGAUCUGCGUAAGUGUGAGGAGCGAGGAGAGCUGCUGCUGCCGCUGCUCUUCUUCUUCCUCGUGGUUCUGUCGCUCCUCUUGUACUUUGCAGUUUCUUUAAUGGAUCCAGGUUUUAUCCUCACCGACUCUGUCAAGGGAGGUCAGGGGUCAGAGGAGGAAAUGGAAUCAAUGAUUCCGCAGACUUCGACUCCUCGGCUGCGUCGUUGUGGAUACUGCUUCCUACAGCAGCCAAUGAGAGCGAAGCACUGUCAGACGUGCGGUCACUGCGUGCGUCGCUUCGACCACCACUGCCCGUGGUUGGAGAACUGUAUCGGAGAGCGGAACCAUCGCUGGUUCACCGUCUUCCUGCUGGUGCAGCUGCUCACUCUGCUGUGGGCUCUUCACAUCACGCUCUCUGGAGUGUUACCCGGCGCCUCGUGGGAGCAGUGGCUCCGCGUGAACUGCGUGCUGCUGGCGACGCUGGUCCUGGUGGGCGUGUCCUCGGCGGUGACGGCGGUGCUGCUCGGCUGCCACCUCUACCUGGCCUCCAUCAACUGCACCACGUGGGAGUUCAUGGCCCGCCACCGCGUCUCCUACCUGAAGAACUGCGGCGACGAGGAGAACCCGUUUGACCGCGGUGUCGCCUGCAACCUCUGGGACUUCUUUUGCAUGUGCAGGACGGUGGUGUGGGAGGGGCUUUACCGGAGGAACGCCAUGACGUCACAGCCCGCUUCCUGUGUGAAGACGAGGGCGGGGACACGGGCCGGAGACAUUUGUCCUUCUCCACAUGACGACGUGAUCCAACACUAAAGUGUAAUCUGAAGUGUGGUGGCGUCGCCGCCGUCGUGUCAUCCGUGCAGUGCACAGAAGUCAAAGUCGGCGAACGCCUCCUGCUGUUGGGCGGAGAGAAUGCAGGGUUUGCAGGGCGGCGACAGGAUCGGCUUCAGACACGUGAACUCGCUGUCAAAGUUGCUGACGUCGACGGACUCUGCGAUGGACGGGAGAAACGGCGGCGUGACUUUCUUGGCGAGCAGAGCUUCCCAGUCGAUCGUCUACGAGACAGAGGAGUAAACUUUGUCUUUUUCACGCAGAAACGAUGAAAAGAUGAAGAAAACAACAGAAAUAAAUCAACAAUCACCUCAAAGAAUUUCUCUCCUUUCACCUCGUUAGCGUCUCGUUCUCCAGCUCCGAGUCUUUUCAGAGGAUUUCUCUUCAGCAGCUGCAGACGAGGCAUCGAUUAUCAGGUUUAAAGGAACUGGGAGUGAAUAUAAAGACGGACUGACGAGGAAAACCAGAUUAUAUCCACGUCUGCAUCUCACUGUUAGACAGGAAACCACUCACUCUCCCACACCAUCAGUCUUGGUCUUUUCUUAGUCACUUAAGAGUCUUGGUUUUGGGCUCAGCCUCUAAAGGUCUUGAUCUUGUCUAUGUCCCUUAAAGUCUUGGUCUUGGUUUUGGCCCCUAAAAGUCUUUGUCUCAGCCCCUAACAUUCUUGGUCCAUUAAAGUCUUGGUCUUGUCUUAGUUUUUGGUCCCAAGAUUUUAAGGUCUCCGUCCCUAAAAGUCUUGAUCUUGUAUUGGUGUUGGUCUCUCACUCUCCCACACCAAAGUCCAGAGAGAAAAUCAGUGAUUUUAGCUGCUGCUCCUCUGCUGCCUCGUGUGGUCACUUUGUGUCACUGACGUCAAUCUGAACGUUGGAUUUCUGUCACUGAAGAGACAAAAUAAGACGUUUGAACUCAGUGAUAGAGGCAGCAGUGUGUGUGUGUGUGUGUGCGCUGUGAUGAUAAAAUCACUGAUUGUCUCUGUGGACUUUGGUGUGGGAGAGUGAAUGGUUUAACAAAGUGACACUGAUUUCUGUUUUAAAGUGUGUUCUGUGGGAACAGACAGAGGUCAGAGGUCGUUACCUUCUGGAUGAUGGCGACAGCGUCAGGAGGAAGAGCAGGAGGAUACUGCACGUCGUCGUUGACAAUGCUGUCGAACACUUCCUCCUCGUCGUCGCCAGGAAACGGAGACUUCACAGGAGGAAAGACAAACAUGAGUCCACAAUAAUUCAGGUAUUCUGAAGGUUAAAGGGGACAUAUUAUGCAAAAUCAACUUUUUUAAUCAUUUUAAUACUUAUAUUUGGGACUCUGGAGGCCCUACCAGUCACCAAAGUGUGGAAAAAGAAUACUCAGUCAUGUUUUCAUGGUCCCCCUUAGUGUAAGUACAGGCGAUAAAACACACCAUGUUGAAUUCCCUGCGCUUAUGACGGCAGCAUGCGCAUUUCACCGCAAAUGUUACCACCCACCAGUAAGUUUACCUCGAGAGCUCCACCAUAGCUCCACCCUUAGCUCCACCCUUAGCUUCACCAGAGCUCCACCAUAGCUUCACCUUGUCCCUGCGAGAGUGCAGGCGAGGGAGGAAGAGCGGUAUUAUGUCAACGCGGAGGGACAAGUGUGCUGUUGGUGGCUGCACAGUGGAGCACAGUGUUUUACACAAACUUCCAGCCUCAGAGGAUUUUAUAUAUGAAGCUAAUGUGCUGGAUAAAGUCAGCAAACGUGUGUUCGUGUGUUCGCACCACUUCACAUCAGUGGUAUUUAGUCAGCGACCGUAUUUCACCGACGUACAAACACACACAUUUUUAAGAAAAGGUCAACUAGAGGUCAGCGGUGCUGUCCCUAAGUGUUUUUAACUGAUUUACAGUUGGUCAGUGUUCGGCUCGAUCCUUGUGUCGGACGUCUCUUCCUGUGACGACACUCUCGCUGCCAUGUUGAUAUUGUCAGAGAACUAGUGGAGGGAGGAGGAGAGGAAUGAGGGGAGGGAACAGGAGCUGAGCGAGUGAGCGCAGUAACAAGGACAAAUCAGAAACACCCUGGAAGAAGUGGGCGUGUGUUUGCCUGUGUCUCAUUGGCAUGUAAAGGGAGCGUUCUGAAAGGGGCGGGUUUAGCAGGGUUAUUGAACUGCUACGGUGCUUCAUCCUUAUGGUAUUUUGACCAAAGCAUAGCGUCACAGACAUGUUCAUUAGGACACCAGGGAACUAUUUUAACUUGGAGAAAUAGGGUAUAAUAUGUCCCCUUUAAGGGCCGAAACCAAGACUUAAAGUCUUCAAGGGACUGAGACCAAGAUAAGACUUGUUCCCAAGACUUGGUCUCUGCCCCUGAAAGUCUGGGACCAAGAUUUUACUGGACCAAUACAAGACCAAGAAUGUUAGGGGCUGAGACCAAGACUAAGACUUUAAGGAACCAAGACAAGAUCAAGACCUUUAGGAGCUGAGAACACGACUUAAAGGGACCAAGACAAACACCAAGAAUAGACCAAGUCUUUUAGGGACCAAGACAAAGGUCAAAACCAAGACAAAGACUUAAAGCCUUCAAGGGACUGAAGCCAAGAUAAGACCAAUACUUUCAGGGGCUGAGACCUGAAGGUCUUGGGACCAAGAAAAUUCAAGACUGAUUUUCUCUAUGACUUUGGUGUGGGACAGUGAGUGGUUUACAAACUUCCGUCUCACAGUGGACAUGAUCAUGUGAUGUAGACAUCGUAGACUUGAACUGUAUUUUGUUAAAUGGAUCAAAUCAAAUCCGGUUCCUCACUUCGCCCACGAGCAUCUCAUAGAUGAGGACGCCCAUCCCCCACCAGUCCACAGCCCGGGUGUAGUUGUCAUCGGUCAGAACCUCAGGGGCCAGAAACUCUGGAGUCCCGCAGAAGGUCGAGGUUCGAUCCCCGUAACCCAUUCCUGUCAAAACCAAGACCAGAUGGAGGCUCGUCACGUUUGUCCCUCUUCAGAGUCCAACAGGUUGUCCAGCUUCAGGUCUCUGAGGACAGACAGAGACAGCGUCUUUGACUCUGAUAAAAACAUGGUCUCAGCGUGGUCGAGCGUGCUCUCACUCACCGAUAGAUGAUUUUAUUCAGGUGAAGGAACUCUAAUCCCAGCACGACGCACGCCGAGUAAAACCUGUGAACAACAGCAGACACAGCUGAGGAGACGGUGAGUCACCUGAGAGACUCUCUGAGUACAGACCUGGUCUGGGCCUCGCUGAACACGUGGUUGUGGAUGUGGAUCAUGAGGUCACCGCCUGGUAAAUACUCCAUGACGAAGCAGACGUGGUCGCUGGUCUGGAAGCAGCCGUGCAGGUUGACCAGGAACGGGUGUCGGGACGCGUUGAUCAUCUCAAAGAUCCUCUUCUCGCUCAUGAGACUGUGGAUUAACGCUCAGAUUAACGCUCAGAUGAACUGUUUUCAUCUGGUUUUACUGAUACAUGUAAAGUUUUAGCUCUUCUGAAGAACAUUAGUCAGUUUAAGUCUACGACAUCUUCAUGAUCACGUCUUUAUUUCACUGUUACACUCAAGCUUGUAAUCCACUCACUCUCCCACACCAAAGCCCACAGAGAAAAUCAGUGAUUUUAACAUCACACACACACACACACACACACACACACACUGCUGCCUCCAUCACUGAGUUCAAAUGUCUGAUUUUGUCACUUCAGUGUUUGAAAUCCAACGUUCAGAUUGACCAGUGACACAGAGUGACCACACGAGGCAGCAGAGGAGCAGCAGCUAAAAUCACUGAUUCUCUCUCUGAGCUUUGGUGUGUGUGUGUGUGUGUGUUUUACAAACUUCAGUUUACACGAGGAAGAGUCUGUCUCACAGUGAGAUGUAGACGUAGAGAUCGUAGACUUAACUGAUGUAGGUUUUAUCUAAUUGAGUCUUUUGUUUUGUGACUAAAAUCAGUUUUUCCUUGUGUCUCUGCUGAUGUUUUCACUGAGUCUCCUGCUGCUCCUGCUGUGUCAGUCUCCCUGGUCCCCCUGGUCUCCCUUGUCCCCCUGGUCUCCCUGGUCCACCUGGUCUCGCUGGUCUUGCUGGUCUCCCUGGUCCCCCUGAUCCCCCUGGUCUCCCUUGUCCCCCUGGUCUCCCUGGUCCCUGGUCUCCCUGGUCCACCUGGUCUCGCUGGUCUCGCUGGUCUCCCUGGUCUUGCUGGUCUCGCUGGUCUCGCUGGUCUCCCUGGUCUUGCUGGUCUCCCUGGUCUUGCUGGUCUAUCUGGUCCCCCUGUGUGCAGCCUUGAUGGCGUAAAGUUUCCCCGUCUUCUUAAACUCGGCCAGCAGGACCUGGACGGAGAAAAGAGUCCCAGCUGACCAUGAGGAGGAGAAGGAGGAGGAGGAGGAAGCUCUUAAUGAAAGUAAGUUACCUUCCCAAAGUGACCUCUGCCCAGAACUGAGAUGUAUUUGAAAUCUUCCACGUGCGUCCUGAUGCAAAACACAACAAAGAAAAUAUAAGCUUUUAUUUCCACUUGAACAAAAUCACAUGUUAAUAUUUCUGUGUGUAAAUUUACUUGAGCGCAGAAACCGGCUGAUCUUCACUUCUCUCUGUGUUGAUGGACGACUGAAAACAGAGGAAACAUCGCGGUUAUUUUCUCUGGAUUCACUGCAAUUAAAAAAGCAAUAUUAUUUAUAUAAUCUGUGAAAACUAAACACUGGUUAAAUUAAAUUAAAUUAAAUUAAAUGGAUCUUGAGAGGUUUUCUGGAUUCAAGAUGUACGGUUUUAACAGAUAAUAAUGAUGUUUAUUAUUCUGUAAUCUGAAACCGUUUAGAGAUUAUUUUUUUAAUUGAAGUGUUUAUUGUGAAAUUAUUGCAGGAGAAAAUAAAAGACGUGGGAUCCCUGCAGCAGUGUAUUUUAUCUUAAAGGUUGCUUGACUGAAAAUAAAAGCUCUAAAAUAUGAAAAUAUAAGUAAAGCAAAGUUAGUUUUAACCUUGUAAAAUGAUGGAAUAUAAAAUCAUUCAUAAAACAGUUAUUCAGCCUCAUUAGUUUGUGUUUAAACACAGAAAGGCAGGAUUUAUUCAUCCUCUCUGACCUGUUCCUGUUGUUGUUGUUGUUGCUGUUGUUGUUGUUGUUGCUGUUGUUGUUGCUGUUGUUGUUGUUGUUGCUGCUCUUGUUGCAGUUGCAGCAGUGCAGGCACAGAGGAGGGCGUGUCAUCUGUCACCAUGAUGGUGGGUGGCGGCUCGUCUCUGUCUGUGAGGCUGGUGGGCGGAGCCUGUUCCUCAGUGACGUCAGUGAGUCUGAUGACGGGCGUGUCCCUGCCGUGUGUUCAGACACAAUCAUAUAUUCAUGCUGUAAAUAUAGCACUCUACACCACUGGUUCUCAAACUGGGGGUCAGGCCCCUCGAGAAGGUCAUAACAACAAUCUGUGAGGUCAUGAGGUGAGUAAGGUUAAAAACGUCCUGCACCAAACCUCAGAGAGAAAAUCACUGAUUUUAACAUCACACACACACCAAACCUCAGAGAGAAAAUCACUGAUUUUAACAUCACACACACACCAAACCUGACCACUAGGUGCUCACCAAAGUAAACGAUUUACAAACUUUAAACAUUUUCAAAGGCUUGUGUAUAUCUGGAGGUCAGAAGGUCAGGUGACCUCUGACCUUGGCAGUGCAGUGGCGAUGUGCGACUCCUUCUCCGUGGCUCGCUGUGUGAUGUUGGUGGAAAGGUCAGGGGUCGUGCACAGGGUGGAGCUGAACGUGGUGAAGGAGGUGUAGCGAGGGAGGAUGUUCAUCAUCAGGUGACCCCAGGUGGCAAAGUUCAUGUUCAUCUGAGCAGCUCUGAGGAAGUUCUUCCCUGUGACACACACACACACUGCAGUCACACACACACACACACUGACAGUGACGCAGAUCAGCUGAUCGUACCUCGUUCUUUAGUGAAGAUGCAGCGCUGACGUCUCAGUUUGGGCUGACGCUCCACAACCGUGUCAACAAACCCAAGCUGUGGAACCCAGAGGAGACAAGGGUGUUUCAUCUUUAAUCUGAGUCCAUGAUCAGAUUACAUCAGAUUAGAUUUAGGUCAAUAAAACAUGUUUCAGUCUAUAAGGACCAACACCAAAGGUUUGAGGGACCAAUACUGACCAAGACCAAAACUUAAAGGGACUAAGACAAGACCAAGACUUUUAGGGACCGAGACAUGACCAAGACAUUUAGGGGCUGAGACCAAGACCAAGACUUUUUUUCUUGGUCUUGGUUUUCUCUGGUCCUCUUCACAAACUUUAGUUUCUUUAAGACUUAAACUGACAUAGAUUUUAUGAGUCUGGUUCAGCGUACCUUGGCGUAGAGGAGACCCUGUGGCUCCAGACUCAGACCCUGGUUCUGGUUCUGGUUCUGUUUGUCCAUCAUCUCUUCCAGUCGCAGGAACUUGACAGCACACAUCUCUCUCCUGUCCCUCCAGAAGACUCCCACCUCCAGCUCUCGAGACUGUCCAGAGACAUCACCAGAGAAAGAAAGUUCGUCCUCCCAUCCCAUAAUACACAGUGAUGUCCAUUUAACUCUUUAUAUUCAGUGUUUAAUAAUAUUCCCAUAUGUCGCUCUCUGUGAUUAGCGUCCUGUUGCCAUGGAAACCACUGUUUCUGAAGAAUAAUACAAAUCUGAGCUGAAUGUUUGUGUGCACGUGUGAGGGCGACACCUGCUGGUAGCACACACAACUACAACCAUCACAACAGAAACUACCUGUAAUAUUUCAUUCAUUCACUUUUUACAAUAUUAAUGUUCAUUCAAAAAAUAGAAUCUCACAAGAAAUAUGCAUUUUAGAUACAGUAUUUAUGAUAUUUAGAUAAUCAGUAUUAUUAUUUAAUUAUAUAUAUUAUAUAAUUAUUAAUAAAUCAGUGUUUAUGUAUUACUGUGUGUCUUAUAGCCUGUGUUAAAAAUAAUGUAAUUAUAAUAAUAAUAAUGUUUUGGAUUGUAAACAGUUGGAUUUAUAUCAGAUGCAACGGAACCAAAAUGAAGAAUAAAUAAGACUGAACUUGUAUUUUUAAUAAAAUACAAAUAUGCAUUGUAUACAUUUAUAUAUGAUAUUAGCUUUUCAUUUAUUACAUUUAUACUUAUUAAUGUGUCUUAUAGCCUGUUAGAUUUUCAUUAUCCUUUUUCUUCUAUUUAUAACGUUUAUGUCAGUUUUCAGAAAUCUCGACUAAAAUGUUCUUUUAUAUCUUUCUAAUAUUUAUUUAUUGACUUCACAUUUCAUACCAGGGUCACACGGUGGUGUAGUGGUUAGCACUCUCGCCUUGCAGCGAGAAGACCCAGUUGGAACAAGGGCCCUUCUGCAUGGAGUUUGCAUGUUCUCCCCGUGUGUGCAUGGGUUCUCUCCGGGUUCUCCGGCUUCCUCCCACAGUCCAAAAACAUGCAAUGUGGGGAUUAGGUAAAUUGGACACUCCAAAUUGACCAUAGGAGUGAGUGUGAGAGUGCCUAUCACCGCCUAUCGCCCGAUGGAGCUGAGAUUGGCACAGCCCGCGACCCUCUGGUGGAGGAUAAAGCGGUAGAUGAUGACUGACUGACUGACAAAUUAUACCAGUAAAGGAAAAAGUUGCCCUCUGUAAUUUCUGCUAAAAAAUAAAAAAAAUAAAUUAGUAAAAUGUGAAAUAAUUGUGUUUUUUUUAUUUAUUUUAUUCAGAUGUAACAACAACAGAAUGAAAAUGAAGAAUCAUUAGACUGAACUUUAACUAACAAACUUUUUUUUAUAUCAGGAAUAAAUGAAAUAAUGACGACGGGGGGCGCUGUCAACGUUCAUUCCUCUUCUUCUUCAGCUGUUUUAUGUCUGACUCCAGAUUCUUGUUCUUCACAUGUGAUCUCUGUCACGUCCUCUCUUGUCUUCAUCUUCUCCUCCGUACCGUCCUCUCUUGUCUUCAUCUUCUCCUCCGUCCCGUCCUCUCUUGUCCUCAUCUUCUCCUCCGUCACGUCCUCUCUUGUCCUCAUCUUCUCCUCCGUCACGUCCUCUCGUGUCCUCAUCUUCUCCUUGUCCUUGGCCUGCAGCGGUGUCCUGCUCAGCUCCACAGAGUCCUGAAGACUGGUCGUCUCUCUCCAGUCUCUCCUUCUCCAUGAGGAGCAGAGCAGCCUUCAGCUCUGAGGUCUCUCGCUGGUGCUCCUCCAGAAGCCUGGACUUCUCCUGCUCCCACUGACGUCUGGACUCCUCCAGAAGGGCCUGGGCCAGCGCAGCGGUCAGUCUGGAGGUCUCCUUCUUUGUCUUCUGCCGCUCGGCACUGACACGUUUCUCCAGUUCUUGGAGCUUCUGCUCAGCUGACUCAGGGCUCUGAGAGAUGAUGUCCUGAUGAGGAGGAGGUGGGCUCUCCUCUGUGGUCAGCACUGUCUGGUUCUCUGGUUCAUCAGGUGCUGCAGGUUCUGGUUCUGCUGGAGGUGAUCUCCUCUUGGUGAUUUUCAUGUGGAUCCAGUUCUUGACUGUGUUUGGUUUGGUCACAGUCAUCUUCUCCAUUAACUCUGUCUCUGUGUCCACAGGUGUGUUCAGAGUGGCUGGUUUCCUCAUAAUCCUGGUCCUGAGGAUUCUCUGCAGCCCUUGGGGCUCCUGUGGAUCAUCAGUGACGUCGGAGGGGAGCGUCCACGUCUUCCUCUUCCUCACCCAGAAGUUUGGACGGCACUUGUUUUGCUCCAUGUUGAAUAUUUGGAGGAUUUACAGCAGAGGAUUGAAGCGUGAGUGGACUCACCCGCUCCAGCUGAAUAAAGAACACCUGGUCCCAGCUCUGUCUGCUGACCGCUGCCCACCGAGUCCGGCCGACCAGCCUGCCGUCCAGCCUGAGCACAGCAGCGACCUCUGCUGUCAGGAAGAGACACAACAACAUGAGACUGGACAAACACCAGUUUGUAACGCAGUUAAGGAUGCAGGUCUCAUGGAGAAGGUGGACAGAGGACACUCAGGUCUGUUGAUCUGGGUGGUCAAGGGUUCCUCUGAAGGGUCGGCGCCCCCUGCUGGCGGCUGCUGCUGCUGCUGUGGAGGCUCUGUGUGGCUCGUGUCUUUCAGACGUUUGUCAAGCGACAGGCGCAGGAGGUCCAGUUUCUGGGAGGAGUCGAGCACUCGUGACUGAGCCUGAAGGUCAAACGUGACAAAGACAAGUGGAUCUGAAUCUGUAUGAAAUAACAAAUAAACAUCCUGAGAUGAUGAAGGUGAUGGAGUCCACUAACCUCGGUCAGUGCCUUCUGGUCCAGGGAGGAGAUUCCCUCCAGCUGCUUGACCACAUCUUUGGCCAACACCAGAGCGUCCGUCUCUCUCUGGACGUGGUGCUGCAGCUCUGCCAGACGAGCGCCAGCAGGACUGAUGCUCACCGGAGGAACCUCUGAAGAAGACACUUGGACACACGGUGAAUUCAACAUCACCACUUCACUACGUCACAGAGAAUCACUGAGAGGAAAGGAGGUCAGGAGUCAUGGAGAGGAAACAUGAGCCGAGGAAACAAGUAACAAUCCUCAGUCUGCGUACUGCAGCUUUAAAUAAGUACAUAUGAGGAAGACGUGAGGACACGGGGGUCUGACCUCUGUUAGUGGAGCUGUUGUUGUCUCCACCUCCAUCACCAUCACCUCCGCUGCUGCUGCUGCUGCUGCUGCUGCUGCUGCUGCUGCUGCUGCUGCUGCUGCCUCCAGCCUGAGCCACUUUGAUAAUCUGCAGUCGGAUCAGCUCGAUCUUGGAGCGACUGUCCUGCAGCAUCUGCUGAGCUGUGGACAACAUCUGAUCCUGGAUAACGACAUCAUCAUCAUCAUCAUCAUCAUCAUCAUCACCACCACACUUCUGUUACCUGACAGCUCAUGUGACGCACACACACAACAACAACAGCACACAGUUUACCAUGACGAGCAGAGGAGAUCACCAGUGACACUUCAGCCCCAUGUGGAGGGAGUGAGGGAGUGAGUGAGUGAGUGAGUAUGACUGUGCACUUCACUCACCUCACAGUGAUGCUGUGGCUCUGUGCUGAAUAAGGACUAAUCUGUCAUUCUCUGUGGAGGAGGGGCUUCUCAGGUAACGCCUCUCCACCUUCACUAUCCUUGACAACACAACAAGUCCUCCGGUGUCCUGCUGCGUCCUCUGACACUCACUUACGCUGAUGUCUCUCCUCUCUUGUCUCUGUCAGCUGCUACAUCCUGAGACCUGGACGACACAGACACCGCUGCUGCUGCUGCUGCUGCUGCUGCUGCUGCUGCUCUGUUUGUGUUUGCCUCCCUGCAGCCUCUCUCCUCUGCAACAUCUCCUUCACGCUGCAUCCUCGUCCUCCUCUGUAAGCAAAUCCCUCCUCCUCCUCCUCCUCCUCCUCCUCCUCCUCCUCCUCCUCUCUGUGUCUCUUUAAAGGGGGUUUCUCUCUGCAGACACACUUCCUUUCCAGUGCCAGCGCUGCUGCUGCUGCUGCUGCUGCUGCUGCUGCUCUGACUGCACUGAUUGCCUGCUCAGGGCUCAGCAUUGGCCACUGCGUGACCACAUGUCCCCGUGCUGUCACUGGCCAAAAAUCCUGUCUUUGGGACGAGGCAGAGAGCGACCAGUCUGUUAAUCUGAAGAGACACUAAAAACAAACAUGGACACAAGUCAACAUACAUGUUUAUGCAGAGGGUGGAGAUUAGAACAGAUUAGAUUAGAUUAGAUCAGAUGAGAUAAAAACUUUAUUAAUCCUCUCAGGAAGUUCCCUAAUGUGAGGUCUCAUCCACACAGAAGCAGCUCCAGCUUUCAUGGAAAAUAAAUUAAUGAAUCUAAAACUUGUUUGAGGUUAAAAUAUUGUUUAUUUCUUUCCAGAAAAAAAUCAAUUAUUCACUUAUUUAUUUACUUUAAACAUUCAUUUUCAUUUAGGCACACUGCAGUGCACACACACAGUGUUUAUUGGUGACACAAAUGGCAAAAUAAAUAGAUAUUUAAAGAAAUAUUCUAAGUAGAUCUUUUUAACGUUGAUCUACAGUUGGACGUUGUUGGCUUUGAUUCUUGUGUCCGACCAGUGAUGGGAAUAAACGGCGUUACUUUUUUCAGUAACGAGUAAUCUCAUGAAUUACUCUUUCAAUCAUGGUAACACUGUUACCGUUCCUGACAAAAAAUGCUGCGCGUUACUUUAAUUAUUAGCUGAUUGAAGCUGUUUUCAUCAGACCAACUAGAUCUGGAAACCUCUAAACCGAGGGCCCACGAGACAACCGCCUAAGUGAUGAUGAUUGGCUGAGGUAGAGUCAAAUUUCAAAAGCUGGAUUUUUUUGUCUUUUUUUUGUUACUACUUUACUACAGAGAGUAAAUGUGUUAUUCGAUCAUCAGGCAGUGGAUCUGAGAGACACGUCUCACUCACACAACAACAGUGGGAGAAACGUCAAAAGUCACUUCCUUCAAUAAAAUAAAAUAAAAGCGCUGCACUGCUCUUUACUGUGUUUCAGUCAAGGUUUAUGAGUCAAAGAUCUGAAAAAACUGCUCAUAAAACUUGUUAUAAUUGACAGGAACACUUUGUGUAUCUUCGUGUAUCCACUGUCUGAUGAUCAAAUAACACAUUUAUCUCUGGACAUUAGUAAAAAACCAACAACUAUAUUUUCUGGGUGAAAGUGGUUAGACUCACUUUGUCCCACAGCAACAUUAAAAUAGUUAAGAUUUGUCUUUCCGUUCAUUUACUGUAUUAAUUGUCCAUUUCAUUAUAAUAUUCAGAUUUAUCAUAAAUGAUUGAACAUGCACAUGGUUUUAAGUGCUGUUAAACAGGGGGUGGAGGUGGAGCAUUUAAAAUGUACUUAAAAGUCACACAAUAGUUACUUUUAUCAUUUGUAACGCAGUAACUAAUUCAGUUACUUUUUGGGGAGAAGUAACUGUGACUAAUUAUUUUGUUAAAGCAGUACCUCUCAAAUAGUGGGGCAGAGGCAAGGCAGGACAACUCUUACAGUGGCUUAUACAGAUAAAUAAAUAAAUAUUAGCAGGUUCAAUUCUAAUAAUUGAGAACCACUGUAAAGGUAACAUUUCCAACACUGGUGACAGUCUCUGACCAGUCUCUGACAUUUUACUAUCAGCUCAGUUGAACCUCAGUAAAAAAGCACCAGGGACCAGAUUCUAUCACUGAUACAGAAGAAGAGUCGUGCUGGAUCUGUGUGGUGGAAAAGCUCUGGCUUCCCCCCCAAUCAAAUUCAGCUCCGUGCCCCAUAAAGGCUAGGGUCCCUGGGUCAAACUGUGAAUAAUUCUUUUAAAGACUCUCAACUUUAACUGACAUUCAGCAUCUUUUUCUAUUGUUUUGUGAUCAUUAUUAUUAUUGUUAUUUUUAUUGCAAGUGCGCAAGUGCGCGAGUCGGUCCAGCAGAAGCUUGGCCUCAAUAAACAUAAUGUGUUUUUUUGCCCUGAAAUAUUUUCAAUAUGACACGUAAGGUAUUUAAAAUGCACGAUUCGAGCUUUGUUUGGUUUUAGUGUGGGUUUUAGGCGCAGAAACAGCGGUAAAUGGGCUGAUUUGAGCGGAGCAGUGAGACCUACUUUGAGAGGCGGAGCUCUAUCGUCUGUGCCUCAUUCGCCGAGGCGCGUUCGUAAUGAAAGGAGCGCGUGAGCGGCGGCGGCGGUGGCGGUGACUUCCUCGCUCCUCAGCAGCAGCAGCAGCAGCAGCACCUACAUUGUGUGGAAAGCGGCAGCAGCACGUUGUUUGCUUCUCCACGCUGAACUUUACGCCGAACUAACGUUCUCCUGUACGGGGAGAAACCACAUCCACAGCUACGAGCGACUCCCGCGGACGCCUGUAAGUUAACCCAGCCCGAGAAAACAUGUCGGCCUCGGCGGCAAAAGUGAGUAAAAAGGAGCUGAACUCGAACCAUGACGGAGCGGACGAAACCUCCG